CUGUCAUGGAUUAACAUGUUCCUGUGUCCGGUGUUUUUCCACACAAGCCGGGACAGGGACCGGGAGAGGCGGCGCAGCCGGGAGCGUUCGGACAGGAAACGGCGCUCCCGCAGCCGGGAGAGGAAGAAGUCCCGCAGCUCGGAGCGCAAGUCUCACCGCCACCGGAGCCGCAGCCGGGACAAGGACAGGACGUCCAGAGACAAAGAGCGUAAGGAGCCGGAGGAGAGGAGGAGCAGCUCCAAGAAGGACGAGGUGWRAAAGGAAGACAAGCCUUCCUCUGACGUGGCCAAGCCUGGGCCUGUGGAGGCUGAGGCUCCUGCCUCCACUCUGGGCCUGGCCCUUCUGGCCAGGGUCAACGGGGCUGCUCAAGACGACCUCCAUUCUGAAGGUGACACUCAGUCCAAUUAAAACUGAUCUGAUAGGACCUCAGAUCAGGCUCAGGGGACGCUGGGAAAUCUGGGAGGAGGAAGAUCUGAAGACCACCUGUCGCUCCACCCUGAACCUGUCUCUGCGCUGCUUAAAACAAGGUGAACCACAGAUGUAGUGGCUUAUUAAAACAACUGUGACAUCUAAAUCACAACAAAAGACACGUGUGUAAAGGUGCCCUCUGUUGUCCUCCUGUUUUUUCUUUUUGAAGAUCACAUUUUUAGCACAGGACCAGACAUUCUUCAUUCAGUUUUACGUUGUAUUUCUUUCCUUCAUCGUUUCUGAAAUAAAGGACCUUGUCUAGUAGCUGCUGAGGCUGAAUGAUACAUUAAGGCUUUUAUCUAUGUUCUGUUUCUCAUGCAGUUUUUAUGACAAAUAAAUUGUUUUGGUUUGUAAUGUCAGGUUUCCACGAUUUGACUUUUUGGGGGAAAAUUAGUUGUAAAAUCAGUUCGAGAAGUGUUUGUACAAUGUUAGUCAGGAGCAUCUCUCUCUUCUCUCUCCUUCCCACCCACCGACUGAUCUCUCUAGCCCCUUACUGUAAAAUAUAGUGAGAUUUAAUUGAGCUUUUUUUGUUUUGAUUUUAAAACUUGUUCAUCUUGAUCAAUAAAAAGAGAGCUUGAAUGAUG